GAGGUGGAUGAGUAUGAUGGAAGGGGAAAUACUAGCAAAUAAGUAAAGAGGAAAUGCAAGAGAGGAUUCAGUCUAUAGAACAAUUAGAUUCUAAUUUAUCGUUAAACAUUGCAGAAUUUUCGAUUAAAAUCCUUAUUACGAUGAUUAUGUGAAUUAUUCAAAUUUGUGAAUGACAAAUAAUGUUACGUAUUUUAUGUUAUACGAAACUGUGAUUUAUCUUAAGAAUUUUUUAGAUAAAUAAUUAAAAAUGGGUGCUAUUGUUAAACUGUUAUUGUGCGCUAUAUUAUGUGCGAGUGUACAGGGAGUGUGCAGACGUGUGAAAAACGAGGAUAUGAUUGAAUAUUCUUGCAUGGGUGGUCAACUUUCUGAUUUAGAUAAUCUUCCAAUAUCGACAGGAAAAAUUCGAAUUUCCAAUAUGCCUAUUCGUCGAAUAACUGCAAAUACAUUUUCAAGAUUCGGUUCGGAUCUUUGGGUCCUAGGUUGCUCCCAUUGCGGUAUAAUAGAUAUUGAACCAAGAGCUUUUGCACAUCUAAAUAAUCUUCAACAAUUAAGCUUAAACAAUAAUCAUUUGAUCAUUGUAAAAGAAUCCUGGUUCAAAGGUUUGAAUUAUUUGACAUAUUUGGAUUUGAAUUACAAUAAUAUAGAAUCUAUCGAAGAUGGUGUAUUCUUAAAUUUACCCAGUCUUGUUGACUUAAGAUUAUCUGGUAAUCGUUUAGAAUGUUUGAAUCUUGUAGCUAUGUCGCAGUUGAAAGAUUUAAAAAGAAUAUUUCUCAGUGAAAAUUCUGAAUUUAAAUGUCCAAACGCUAUAAGUAUUUAUCUUGAGGAUCGUGGAAUAAAUUUUGAAAAGGACCCAGAAUGGAGUAGAUUAUCAAAUGAUUUAAUUCCAGUAACAAUCCCACUUGAUUAUGAUGAGAUAACAACUAUAAAAAUGCCGGUACAACCCUAUUCUGGCUAUCGUGAAAGAUUACAUCCAAUAACGACAAUACCAACAUCGACUAUGACAUCGACAUUACAAUAUAUUACACCAAAAUUUCAGACAACUGAAGAAGUAAUUUAUCGUCCAUAUAAUAUUCCAAAUUGGAAAACAACUUUCAAAUCAUCCACAAUUCGCAAUGAAAAUAAAAUAAAAAUUACACAAAGCCCGUCAUAUGAAUACACAAAAGCAUCAUAUAUUUCACAAAAAACUAUUGCACCAAUCGAAUCUACAACAUAUGUAUCAUCACUACGUGAAACGAUCCAAAAUAAUAGCCAAGAUACAACCUUCAGAUCUUGGCCGAGUUUCUCGGAAUCUACUACUGCCAGAAUCGAAUAUCCCGUUUAUCCACCCCAUAAAAAUGAGGACAAACAUUAUACAAAACAAUCAGAUUAUUUAAGUCCAAUAGACUCAUUCUCUUUGGCACCUAAUAAAGAUGAUCAUCAUCAAAUGUCUUCUAUAGAACUUGAUAUGCAACAAACUGUGGCUCCUUAUAGAACUGAUUCGUUAGAAAAGAACAUUAUUCUAUCGAAUAUGCAGUAUCCAUCCAGUAUUGAAAACAGACUAUCAUCGAUAGAUUCUUCAGAUACAAUUCAUACUACACAAUCUACAUUUUCAUCACCAGAAAUAGUUCAGCCUGCUCACUCAGAUGAUAUACAUUCGAAUAUCUCAUCUAUUAAAAACGGGACACAAUCGAUUGAUACUUCAAAUUCAACUCAUAUACAACCUAUACCUUAUUCACCACCAUCAAUGGUUCAACCCGCUUAUCCAAAUAAUAUAUAUCAACCGCCUUAUUAUGAGUCUACGGUUACUAUUCAUUCACCGCCAUUGAUGGAUAAUAAGUCACAGCAGAAGGAAGUAACUCCGGGAAUCGUGCUAAUUGAAACAACCACUGAUAAACCAUUGCCCAAAUGUCCGACAAGGAAUUUAUCUACAUCAAAUCAGAGUUCGAUUAGAAUGAUCAUUGUUUCUGUUCUUCUCAUGAUUACGAAUCAUGUCUUUGCAGAGGGAUUUUAAAAAGUUUCAUUUAAUUUAAUUGUUUAAUAUAUAUAUUCACCUAAUUUUUAAAAAACGGACUAAAUUUAUAUCAACGAAAUGUUUGAAUAAACAUGUGUAAUAUAUCUAUAUUAAACAUCGAACUAAUAAAAUUAAAUGACAUGUUUUGAAUCAAAAACACUUUAAAUUGAGUAAACGAAGUGGCUAUUUUUUUUCGUUUAUUGGACUAAAUCUGAGAAACUGUUUAUCAGAAGAAUUAAUUUAAACGAUUGAUUCUUCAGAAGCACUGUGGAGUCUGCAAAAUCCAUA